GCAAGCCGCAGCGCCAGCACGCUACUCGAGCACCAUCCCGAAUAACGCGUCCCCGUCCGCCCAGCCGACCGCGAUAUCCAUCCGUAUCGAACGAGGCUAUCACGACCCGCAGAGCUUUCAUGGCCUGUAAAUUUGCGUAAUUGGCCAGCGCUUCUCCCUGCGACCGCAUCCCACCCUGUGCGAUGGAGAACAAGCGCAAGGCUGCUCCUGCACAGCCAGCGGGAGCUGGCGACGGCGACGACCGCGCCUCCAAGCGACGAAAGGGGCCCGCAGGAAAUUCUGAAUACGACCUUUUCCAAGGAGAAUCUCCAGAAUCAACGACACACUAUGGGCAGCAAUUCCUAUUUCAAAUUCGUCGCACCAGCGACAAGACUGGCCGUCUCGUCGCAACCUAUUUCGAGAAGCUUUUGCCCCGCGAGGGCAACGAGGAUUACUAUGCAAAGACACGGAUGCCCCUCUCCCUCGAGACCAUCGAGCAGAGGCUGGCAAACAAGGAAUUCUCGAGCAUGUCGGAGCUUGAGAGCUACUUCAAGCGGAUGGUAUCCAACGCAAAGGACUUCUACGACCGAGGCUCUCAGGUGUACGAUGACGCUGAGCGCGUGAGGAAGGCUCUCAGUAACUACAUGGUCAAGACCAACCCGGCAUACAAGCUGAACCCGUCAUACAGCGCGGUGCCUGUCCCGAUCCCGGACAACUACCAACACGUCGAUAACCUCGCCACCCCUGCCAAGCCUACGCCCCGCAAGCCAUCCAACUCAAAGCCCACCGAGCCAGCAGGACAGAGCGAUGAUGCGGAAGCGGAUGCACAGGAUGAAGAUGAAGAGGCUGAUGAAGACGGCGAAGGCGAAGAGGAAGGGGAAGAGUCGGAUGAUGGUGAUGCCGACGGCGACUCAGAAGCUGAGGUGGUUACCACCAAGAGGAGAGGCCCAGGCAGGCCUCCAAAGAAGCCCGAUGUCGAGUACGAAGGGGUUCCUUACAAGGGCUUGACAUUCCAGCAGGCACAGGAGAAGGUCGUUGAGGAGCUGUUGCGCAAGAAGGAACAAGAGGAGGAUGACUUUGCACACUUCGAGCCAUUCCUGAACCUGCCGCCUCGCCAACUAAAAGAUUACUACCAAGUCAUCAAAGAGCCCAUCUGCUUGAAGAAACUCCACAAGCUUGUCCGAGGCAUUCACAGCAGACGGGACAAGGGGGGCAAGAGCGACUUCAAAAGCUGGGCCGCAUUCGAAGAGAAGGCCAGUCUUCUCUGGGAAAAUGCAUACUACUACAACGAGGACGGGAGCGAAAUCUGGCAGCUGGCCAAGGAGCUCGAGGAUUUCUUCCGAGCCCAGCUCCAAGAGGCAAAAGCGGUUGUGGUGGAGCCUCCUGCACCCAAGUCCAUUAAGUUGAAGUUGGCUGGUAAGGAGACACCUGCCCUUCCGAAAAAGAUCACCAUUCAUGUUGCUCCAGGCAACUCCAAUUCGGUUGGGUCUCCGGGCCCUGCGACCGCACAGUCUGCUGGCUCUCUGGGCUCAGACGGUGGCGUGAACGUCGCCGGCGCCGCCCGUGGCACCCCCAACGGCGUGAACGGUACUCCACCAAUAGUCGUGGAACAGGCCGAGAGAGGCGCAAGCUCAGCGGGCACCUCCUUCUCCGUCCCGCCGCCGACAAUAUCGACGGCUGCUGGCGUGGCAGCAAGCGCAUAUCCGCCCGCGGUUGCCAUUCCACCAGGCGCUCCCCACGCUCCCUCCGGCCACGUCCCGCUUGGGACGCCAAACGGCCAGGCUCCCGCGGUAGCAGGUCAAGACACGCCGAAUGCUCCCCCUCAGCAGCAGAAUACCCUAGGGGCCAGCCUUGCGAAACUCUACGACAUCAAAUGUCGGCAUCCUGGAAGGGGUGUCGCCGACGCCCUCAUAUCAAACCUCGUCAUCAGGACGCAUCCCGGCGCGCGGAACGUCGAGUCGCGCUUCGAGUUUUGCUUGCCUGCGCACCCCAAACUCACCCAACGUUCGGUGUCGGUUAAUAUCCCCGUCAGCUCCUGGAACGUCCAGAUCCUGCCCACCAUCUCUCCCCAGCUGCUUGAUGGGCGGCGCCCAUAUAAGGUGUACGCCAUUGUGAACGGCCGCGUCUUGCCGCGUGUGAUACCCCCACCACUCCCCAACGGCCAGGUCGAGAAAUCGCAGAUGUUGUUUGACGCGCAACUGCAGCACGGAGUCAACAAGAUCUCAUUGCAAAUGGUCGCUGCGGCGCCGAAGGACGCCACAUUGCCGGAUGGCGUUGACGCAGAGUUCGAGAUGAUCACUGUACUGGCAAACCUGGUGCGGCAGUGAGAGGGCAAAAGGGGGCCCCUAUCUGCGCAUGGGUGUCUCUUGCAUCGAAUUUUCCGGGGCCUCCGGUUUGCCGGGCAGAUGCGUCUGUACAACUUAAUUGCAUGUCCUGGAAGGGUGGAGUCAGUGAUCCUCACCGCUCGCUGGCCCGGGGAGAAGCAUGGGAGUGGGAACAUUGGGCUUUGCUUUACGGCCUUGGCCGGCUGGUUGUGCGCUCAAAGAUCUUGGGUGUGGGCACGGGCAACCACGCUACGAAGGUAUGUCUGGUCUCGAUGGCGACAAAUUUACGCCCCGACACCAGGCCGCGCAUAUGACGCGCAUGGCUCUGUGCUGGGAGGCACCUGGGAGUCGACCUACGGACCUCCGUUAUAUUGCGUAUCAGAGAUUUAUCUAGGUAUUUUGCUGGGAGGCUUUGGGCCUCCCGAUCAACUUGACAACCAAGCUCUACACUGACAGACUUGCCGUCAUACCAUUUUCUUCUCGCCGUCUCUCCAACCAUCAACAGGCGCCCUCGCACUUCCGUAGAGCCUGUUGGGCCGUCGGAUAGUAGCAUGCUUUUACAGCCAAUUUUGAAAGCCAGUCAUGCAGGCGAAACCUUUUCCUCCAGGUCCCUGCCAAAUAGAAGCGAGGCACGGGAACCCCGGCCUGCAGUGGGUGGCGUAGCGCUCAACGACUUUUUUUUUCUUUGCACUCCACGCCCGUCUUGUCCCUCCUAGCCCACGCCUAGAGUCGCGAGCUGGACCCCUCAAUUCGCUGGCGGGGUGUCCCAGGCCUGAGAGAGUGGGGCGAUCAACCCGCCCCAGUGGAAAAAAAAAGUUCGAAUGCAACUUACAAAAUUUUCGUGGAUUUUUCUGUGAUAAAUUCUGCCGCCCACCCCACGACCGCAUCUGCUUUUCCUCCCACCUCGCAGA